AAAUGAAGAUUGAAGGAAUUUGAAGAAAUAGAAAGAAGUCACUAAUUUAUGCCAGACGGCGUCUUUAUUUUCAGAUGCAAUCGUUUAAGUUUUGAGUGGUAAUUGUGAAAGGUUACGUGUUGCCCUUGGAUUUAUAUCCAAGCUAAUUACAGUAAGGAAACAAUAUAUUUAAUAAAAAAUUCAAAUUCAACAUGGGGGACCAACAGUUCUUUCUAAAAUGGAACGAUUUCCAAACGAAUAUGGUGACAUCGUUUAGGCAUUUGCGAGACGAAAAAAGCUUUACGGACGUAACAUUAGCAUGUGAAGGCCAGACUUGUAAAGCUCAUAAAAUGGUUUUAUCUGCGUGUAGUCCAUAUUUCAAAAGUUUAUUAGAGGAGAACCCAUCAAAGCAUCCAAUAAUAAUACUAAAGGAUGUAUCGUACCUGCAUUUGCAAGCAAUACUUGAAUUCAUGUACGCCGGUGAAGUUAACGUGUCGCAGGAACAAUUGCCUGCGUUUCUCAAGACUGCCGCACGCCUUAAGGUGAAAGGCCUAGCCGAGCCCCCACCGCAGAUGCCCAGUAUCAAACGGGAGGGCUAGCCCACGCUCGUACCUAGCACUUAGUGACCUGUAUAGUGCAUAUCAAAUAACUAUACGCUGCUAAGUUGUUGAAAAGCUGGUUAUAUCAUGUGUGUAUAAAAAGCUGAUUUUUUGGUAACUUCUUCAUUUUUUUUUUAAUAAUAUUUAAUGGCCUGGUUAAACUU